AUGUCGAACGGCGUGCGCAACCUGCGCGCCAUGUUUGAGAACUCCAACUCGGCAUCACCUGAACCCCGCGGCCGCUCGCCGGUAGACGCAGCUAUGUUGUCCGACAGCAGCGACCGCCCACGCUCCAGAGUACGCGCCUCCUUCGUCCCUGUUGAGCCACCUCCUACGAGUGCCCCUCGCGACUCCUCGACCGAUUUGGGCCAGACAAAGGGCACCCCAUCCAACAGCGUUGCCGCACAUCGACGAGAAAGUUUCCGCGUGAGCCAGGACAAGCCCGACGAGCUUGCUGAGCUCAAAAAGGCCGUCAGCGAGGAAAAGGAGGAGCGUCGCCAGAGCGUGGCUGUUCCCGAAGCUGUGCCCGAACAGGCGGUUGAAUCACGCGAAUCUUCAAUACCGGCUCCGCCCAUCCGCGACGAAGACGACGCCGCCAACAUGCCCAAUCUGGGCUCCAUCAUGAAGGGCUCCGACUUUCCCGAGUCGUCUACCCGCGUUGAUGUGGAGGUGCCUGCUCCUGUCAUUGACGACGUCAAGCCUACUGAAGCUCCAGCUGUCCCCGAAGAGAGCGCGGUUGAGGCCAGCGAGCCGACCCCGAAAGCUUCGCCAGUGCUUGCUGCUGCCCAACCCGCUGAGAACCCCGACAAAGCUACGACGGGCGCCCAGGAAGAUGUUGCGCUUAGGCCAGCAGCUCCCACCGAGGAAGCUGCAAUUGAGGACGACAAGCCUGCUGUGGACGGAGCUGCUGCUGAGCAUGAAGCUGCCAUUUCAGAUGAAAGCUCGGCGGCCGCCCAACCCGCCGAGAACCCAGACAAGCCUGUGACUGGCGCCCAAGAAGAGGCGACCCUGAAGCCCGCAGCUCCCACCGACGCAGCCGCUGUUUCUGGCGAGACGGCUACUCUCGCGCCCCCAGCUUCAAGCACCGAGACUCCCAAACCCACUGCGAGCAAAGCAAAGACAAAUGGCACUCCUGCGACAAAAAAGCAGGAGAUCAAGAAACCUGCCACCAUCUCGACCACCAAAGCUGCCAAAGCACCCAUUUCGGCCGCCAAAAGCCCACUGCCAAAAGCUGCACCCAAGACUCCCCCGAAGCCCAAGGCGGCCACACCAGCUGCGCCUGCUCCAAAGCCCAGUCCAUCCAAAGUAGCAAGGCCGGUGUCUCAGGCAAAGUCAACAGCUUCCAAGGAGCCCGUCAAGGCCCCAGUCACCAAAGCCCCGGCUCUGAAAACCCCAGCCGCAGCAGCCCCAGCCAAGAAGACCAGCCGCACUUCUCUGCGGCCUCCGGUUGCAUCAUCGGCCCCAGCGCCCACCAGCAGUGCCGCUGCUAAGCCCAAGGCUGCUGCUCCAGCUCCAGAGAACAAGAAGCCAGCUGCUCCCAAGCCAAUUGCCACUGCUCCCCGUAAAAGGCAUGUCUGCACCUCGCCAACUGGCUUCAAGAAGCCAGCCCCGAAAUCGCCCACCCGCCCCGUCGGUCUGCCUUCUCGUCUCACCGCGCCUACCGCUGCCUCAGCUGCCAAGCAUGGAGAAGAACAAGCUACGAAGAAGCCAGCCACUACAACUCGUCCUGCAACCAAAAUUGCAGCUCCCAAAGCUUCACGACCUUCAGUUGCACCCACUGCGACCACUGCGACCAAGCGACCAGAAUCACGUACGUCGACCGCGAGUUCCGCGCCCAAAGGCGGUUUCCUCGAGCGCAUGAUGCGACCAACAGCCGCAAGCUCCAGCAAAACCCACGAGAAGCCACACGAGAAGCCGCAAGACAAGCCUGCGUCUCCACCUCGCAAAGCCCCUGCCGGCUCGAAGCCUAGCACUCUACAGAAGGGGAAGAAGAAGGUCGAAGAAGUCGCGGCCAAGGUCAAGGACGCCGUAACCAACGGACAUGAUGAUGAACACAAGACUGAGGAUGAGCACAAGUCCGAGGGAGAGGCCGUCAAGGAGUCCGAUACCACUGAGCAAGCGAUCGAGGGAGCCACCGCUGAAGAAACACCACAAGAACCGGCCAAGGCAGCCACUCCAGUCCAAGAUGUGGAGCCAGCCACGGAGCCCACGGAGCCGGUCACUGCAGAAGUGCAAACAUCGACCGCAGAAGCCGAGACUGUCCGGUAA